AUGGAGAAGCAGAAGAAGAAAGCAGGCAUGUCCAGUACAUACAUAUACAACCCCAGCAGCGGACGUCACUUAAAGCCUGAAUCAAAGCCUCCUCCCAGUGCUGCCAUGGCGGUGGAUAAAAAUAAAACACCAGUUUUACGUAACUGGUUUAAUUUAUCCAUCAGAAAACCAAAACCACGUCCAGUGUUUGAUGUUCAAGAUGAGCAGAUGCAGCAGCAAGGAAGAAGAGGAGGAGGAGGAGGAGGAGAAGUGGUGGUGGUGGAGGCAGCAGCAAGGAAGUCAGUGUCUCAUGUGGAAACCAAUUUGGUAUCAGUGGCUGAGUUUCUUCAGGUCAAAGUCUUGGUCUCUGACAUGCCUGGCUUCAUGCAAGUCCAUGCCUUUCGCAGUGCAAGGCGAACUUAUGACAGCUUGGAGAAGUUUAGCUCCAAACACAUGGCUUAUAACUUAAAAAAGGGGGAGGCGCAAGAGCCCAAGACAAAUGUCUGGGAUGCAUACAAUUGUUUUCUUGGUGGUGUUUCUUUUUGGAAUUUCAUGACUUGUUUUGGAUGA